GUGCGACGUAACGAUGAGGCAUGUCGAAGAUUGCUCACUCCGCAUGCGCAACUUUUGCUCUUCUGUUGCGUUCGAUUUGGGCUUGAUACGCGCUGUAAGCGUCGUCCUACCUUUAUUAUCCGUUAACCAAAGAGAGAUAGAAUGGAACGCUUACAGCGCGUGAACGUUCAAAUUGAACGCAGCCUAGGCCCGUUGUCUCCAUUUUCUUCCAGCCUAGCGUAUUGUGUGGAUCUUAGUGUGUGUCAAGCGGAUUUUAGUGUAUGUUAAGUUGUUAAAAAGUACGAAGGGAAGUGUUUGCAGUUGGACAUUUUUGCCGAAGAUAUCAUACAACUGUGGGUUGAAAUGAGCUUACCCUAUGCGGUUGUACAAUUUCCGAAGGAAGGGACGUACUCUGAAAUUCCGACCUCGUGGCUUACAAAAGACUUUACUCAAUGCAGAUGGCCAACAACAAAAAAUGUUACUUUCUUUCUCAAAAAGAAUAAUCCACCAAAGGCAGAUUGGUUGCUUUGUGAUGUCAAAGUAGAAUGCUACUGCAACACUUUAGAACAGGCACGGAGAAAAGCGAAGGGUGCUAAUUACUUAACUUCUUACGAAGAAAACAGAGGACGUGGAAAAAGGGUUGUACACGAGAAAAAAUACGACGAUACGUACGAUACUUGCGAUAACGAUUCGCGUUUACGUAAGACUGCACACAAGAAAUUAAAAAUCGAUAAGAAUUGGGAUUCUUCGUCGGAUUCUUCGUCGGGAAAAAUGUCUUUAUGUGACAAACAAUUGUCGCGGGAGAAGCUAUCCUCUUGUGAACGAGUUUCACAAGUUGCCGUCAAAGGAAGCUUUUCUACGCCAAACAGUUCCUUGUGUGAUAAAUCACAACUGCGGAAAGGUGAUCCGUUGCAAAUGGAUGAACUUAAUAAUAUUAAUGAACCGUUGACAUUUGAACCUAUGGAAGUUAAUGUGCCAAAUCUCAAUGUUAUUACAACCGAUUCUCCGUUAGCUACGGUUGGCGACAUUGAAAAGCUGAUUUCAAUUUGUAAGGAGACAUUAGAGUGUGUAAAAAGUGUCGACAAAAGGCUGGGAGCUUUGGAGAAAAGAAUUUGUGAAACGGAAGACCCUACGAUUAAUAUGUUCGACGGUAUACUUCCGAUUAAUUCCAUGGAGGACCUGAUAAAGUUCGAGGAAAGUCUGGAAACUAUUGAAACAAGAAUGAAUUUUGUCGAAUUUAUGAAGAAAAUCGGAGGAAAAGACAACAGAAGUACAGUGCAACGAUGUAUGAGCCGUUUAUUUACAAAUGAAUUUGGCAUUGCUUGUUCUUGGUGUGGUCGCGGGAAUAAUUAUCGCAUGUGCGAUUUGAAAUGCAUGCGCGUUCUAAAAGGUAUAUUGAGAACCAAGGGAAUCGACGAGUGCGACGUCGAAAUUGUAGCAAGCGAAUGGUUCCGCCUCAGCAGGCUUCGGUAUGACCGGGAAAAUAAAAAAAAUUGUUCACAUACAGUCGCAUCGGAUGUUCGUCAGGUAAAGGUACCUGAAGACACUUGAUCCUCCUUUUUGACAUUUUUGAGUGCCUCAAAAAAUACAAGAGGAAUAAAGAAACAUUCUUAUACCAAACAACAUCACAGAUAUUUUAACGGUGCAAGGUGUCCUCAGGAUCAUCCUGAAUAUGUCCAGGAUGUCCUGGGGGAUAUUUUCGAAAUAUUUAGUUGUGUCAUU